AUGAUGUUACAACAUAAAGCGUCUGCUGAGGACUGUGAGAGCCAUGGAAAAAGGUUUAGGACCUCUGAGGUGGCCGGAACCUCAAAAAGCUGCCAGGACCUGAUCAGAGCCAAAACGAUACAGAAGAGGAAGACGAUGGAAGAAAAUGAAUCUUCAACAGUGGCCAUGAAGGAAGAACUCCAGGAGCAGGUUCCAACCAAACAGUCUUUCUCCUCAGUGGACAUUCUCAUAGAGAUCAACAGCAGCAGCACGAUGCCACAGUGUGCUGAGUAUAUUGAAGACAGCACAACAAAGAAAGGGAAAAGGAUUAAAAAAGAGACCCGCCGAAAAUGGACCAGGGUUGCUAAGAUUUUCGGACCAUCCAAAAGCCACCAGGACCGGACGAGGAUUGUGAGGAGACUGAGGAGAAAAAUAACCGAAGAAGGAGAGGGAUCUCCAACACCGGCGGAGAGGAAGAAUAAGGGACUCCUGCAGCAGGUCGUAACCAAGGAGCCCCCAUCCUCAGUGGUCAUCAGCACAGAGAGAAGCGGCAGCAUGAUGUUACAACAUAAAGCGUCUGCUGAGGACUGUGAGAGCCGUGAAAAAAGGUUUAGGACCUCUGAGGUGGCCGGAACCUCAAAAAGCUGCCAGGACCUGAUCAGAGCCAAAACAAUACAGAAGAGGAAGACGAUGGAAGAAAAUGAAUCUUCAACAGUGGCCAUGAAGGAAGAACUCAAGGAGCAGGUUCCAACCAAACAGUCUUUCUCCUCAGUGGACAUUCUCAUAGAGAUCAACAGCAGCAGCACGAUGCCACAGUGUGCUGAGUCUAUUGAAGACAGCACACCGAAGAGAAGGAAAAGGGCUAAAAAAGAGACCCGCCGAAAAUGGACCAGGGUUGCUAAGAUUUUCGGACCAUCCAAAAGCCACCAGGACCGGACGAGGAUUGUGAGGAGACUGAGGAGAAAAAUAACAGAAGAAGGAGAGGGAUCUCCAACACCGGCAGAGAGGAAGAAUAAGGGACUCCUGCAGCAGGACGCAACCAAAGAGCCCCCAUCCUCAGUGGUCAUCAGCACAGGCGAUUUACGGAAGAGGAAUCUGAAGAAGGAGGACAAGGACAUUGAGGAACCACAGUUUAUGAAUAAGAGGAAGAAUACCAGGAAGAAGACGAAGAAGACAAAAGAAAUGGAUUCCCAAAGAGCUGAAUUCCAGGAAAAAUAUACUGAGCUGCAUCUACUGGGAAAAGGAGGCUAUGGAUCUGUGUUUGCUGGACAUCGAGAGGUGGAUAAAUUACCUGUGGCUAUCAAACACAUUCCAAAAGAAAAGGUGGACCGCAAACAUAAGGAUGAGAACGGUAGGGAGAUGGCGUUGGAGGUGGCCAUCAUGCUGAAACUGAAGAAUCUGACUAGCAGUUCAUCAGGGCAGUUAGCCACCGUGUCCCUGCUGGACUGGUAUGAACUGGAGGAGGAGCUGCUCAUAGUGAUGGAGAGGCCCACGCCUUCGCAGGACCUCAAUGACUACCUUGAUGAGAAUGGAGGUUGUCUAAAUGAGGAGGAGUCCAAGAUCAUAUUAAAACAGCUGGUGGAAGCAACGAUUCAAAUUCAGGACGCAAACAUCUUCCACAGAGAUAUUAAAUUGGAAAAUGUCCUUAUUGAGAGGAGCUCACUAGGUCUACAAGUCUAUCUCAUAGACUUCGGUCUAAGCCUCUUUGACCACGGAAGGAAAUUUACCAUCUUCCAAGGGACCCAUGCUAUUGAAUCACCGGAGUAUCGUACGCAGAAGAAAUAUUCUGCUGGACCCACAACAGUGUGGCAGCUGGGAGUGGUCCUGUUUGAAAUUCUCCACAAUGUCAAUUUUGAGACCAACAAAUUUAUCAAAAAGAAGCUGAAGAUCAGAAAAAGUCUUUCCAAAAACUGCCAUGAUAUUCUGACUAGGUGCCUGAAGACACACCCAGAGGAGCGUCCCGCACUGGAAGAGCUGCUCAAUCACCCAUGGUUUUCUUAA